AUGGCGUUUGAUGGUACUUGGAAGGUAGACAGAAAUGAGAACUAUGAAAAGUUCAUGGAAAAAAUGGGUAUUAAUGUGGUGAAAAGGAAGCUUGCAGCUCAUGAUAAUUUGAAACUGAUAAUUACACAAGAAGGAAAUAAAUUCACAGUCAAAGAAUCAAGCACUUUUCGAAGCAUUGAAAUUAUUUUUGAGCUUGGUGUCACUUUUAAUUACAGCCUCGCAGAUGGAACUGAACUCAGUGGGGCGUGGGCCCUGGAGGGAGAUAAACUUGUCGGAAAAUUUAAACGGUUGGACAAUGGAAAUGAACUAAAUACUGUCCGAGAAAUUAUAGGUGGCGAGAUGGUCCAGACUUACACUUAUGAAGGUGUGGAAGCCAAGAGGAUUUUCAAAAAGGAAUGAGCACUGUUCCUGGAGCAUUUCCCAGAACACAGAUUAGAUGGAAAAUCUAUAUGGAACCAGAAAUGCUUUCCUCUCCUCAUCUGG